AUGGCUGUGGUGGCUGUGUGCGCUGACGGUGGAAGCUGCAACCACAACGGCUCCACCCCUCUGGUGCUGGCGAAGAGACGCGGCGUCAACAAGGACGCCAUCCGUCUGCUGGAAGGACUGGAGGAGCAGGAGGUGAAGGGCUUCAACAGAGGACCCCACUCCAAACUGGAGACCAUGCAGAUGGCCGACAGUGAGAGUGCGAUGGAGAGCCACUCCUUACUCAACCCCAACCUGCAGAGCAGCGAGGGGGUCCUGUCCAGCUUCAGGACCACCUGGCAGGAGUUUGUGGAGGACCUGGGCUUCUGGAGGGUGCUGCUGCUGCUGGUGGUCAUCGCCCUGCUGUCCCUGGGCAUCGCCUACUACGUCAGCGGAGUCCUGCCGUUCUCCACCAGCCAGCUGGAGCUGGUGCACUGAGGGAGGAGGCGGCGUGGUGAAGAAGACGCAUGGGUUAUGGAGGUAGUGGAGUAAGUUCUGCUUUCCGCUGUGUUUAGACCAGAGCAGAAACCCAGAUUUGUGUUUAUUUGCAGCCCAGAUCUUUCUCGUGGUUAUCCAAACACGGAAGCAGCAUAUUGUAUUGUUGGGGAAAAGUAUUCUAAAAAAGCAGCGAUCCAAAAGAACAAAACUCUCUCUCUCUCCAUUAAUAAAAACAACUUGUAAAGCUUGAGGAGAUUAGCAGGAGGAUUUAGGAAGUGUCUCAUAUUAAGAACAUAAUGUUUGCUUGUUUAAAUAUUAUGUAACAUAUCCCCUUUAAAAUACCAUCACAGUUGGAGCUGCUUUUAAAACCGAGCGAGAGAGAAAACACGACGCUCUGGUUUUGUUUUUAAUGCCGUAUGACACCUUUUUCAUUUCAUUCAUAUUGUAUCUUCUGUUACAAACUGUAUAUUGCCAAUGUUUUGUAUCUUCUACUUUCUUAUUUGUCUGAUCUUUCACUUGUGUUAUUUAUCAAAUAUCCUCUGUGUUUAUUUUCCUGCAUACUGUAAUGUUUACUCUCGCUUCCUUUAGCUGCUUUAUUUUAUUCCAGCUGGAGACAGUUUAGUUAUAAUUACUGCAAAUUGACUCACUUCAGUCUGUUUACAUAACAGAUUAGAAAAGCACCUUGACUGUGUGCCUUUUCAAAAUAAAAAAGCUUCAUGCUUCACAACAGCAAGUUAAGACAUUCCCUCCAGAAGCAUUUAAAUCUGCCCUGUUGUUGUAAACAUCAUAUAUAUAUAUAUAUAUAUAUAUAUAGGCACAAUGCUCAUAAACUGUAGGAUUAAAACAGCAGAUUAACAAUGUUUUGCUCUAUAUUCACUGUAUCUUAACGGACGUGUAAACCAUGUAGAUUUUAUUUGUAGUAGCUUUUUUCCACCUCUCUGUGUACUAUAUACAUCAUUUGAAGUGAAUCCUAAUUUAACGUGUAAAAAGAGAAAAAUCAUGUGUAUGUUUGAUUCUAAUCAGCUACCCAUAUUGUCAGAUUUCUGAUUCAUCUGCUGAUCAGUGCAUUAAUAAAUAAAUACACAAUGUGUUUAAUCCA